ACGGCGUCAUGCAACAUGGUCACCGAGGAGAGUGAUCAUCCACACCAUCCGGAGGAAGAAAAAACUCCAACCCAGGAAAAGGAUAGCAAUUUGCUCGCGCGAACCGACAGCAGCGAGAUACUAAUCCAGAGCAGCAUGGAUGAUAUUUUCGAUGUCAUCAAAUCGGGGGAGCUCUCGGAAGUGGAAAAUUUGGUGGAUAAAGUAGGCCAAGAGGCGCUCAGUGCCCGGGAUAAACAUGGCUACACUCCCGCCCAUUGGGCGGCGCUUGAUGGUAAUGUUGAAAUGAUGCGUUAUCUAGUCGAACGGAAUGCUCCGGUCGAUUUACCCUGCCUGGGAACGCAAGGCCCACGUCCCAUCCAUUGGGCAUGCCGAAAAGGACACGCAGCUGUCGUGCAGGUGCUGCUGCAGGCCGGUGUUGCAGUAAACGCGGCAGAUUUCAAGGGUCUCACCCCGUUAAUGACGGCCUGCAUGUAUGGACGAACGGCCACGGCAGCGUACCUUUUGGGAAUGGGUGCGCAGAACCACCUUACCGACAUCAACGGGGACACAGCGCUACACUGGGCCGCGUAUAAGGGACAUGCGGACCUUAUCCGUCUGCUGAUGUACUCCGGUGUGGAUUUGCAAAAGACGGACAACUUCGGUUCAACUCCGUUGCACCUUGCUUGCCUUUCGGGGAAUUUGCAGUGUGUUAAAAUUCUCUGCGAGAAGCGAAAUCUAGAGCUGGAACCACGCGACAAAAAUGGCAAAACUCCCAUGAUGCUUGCACAAAGUCAUCGAAACAGCGAAGUUGUCAAGCUACUGCAUAAUGAAAUGAAAAAGAAAUCCCGUUGGAUGCCACCCAUCUCAGAGAUCUGGGGAAUGCUCUUUGGUGGAGCAGGAGCUUCGAAGGGACCUCUGAUAUUAUUUCUUGUUUCGGUUCUACUGUGGGGCUAUCCCAUGUACAUGAUACGGUGCAUUCCAAUCACGUGGAACAUAUUAAGACGAUCGCACUAUUGUUUUAUCUACUGGAAUGCGGUCAUGUGGAUUAGCUGGAUCAUAGCUAAUCGGCGUGAUCCUGGAUAUAUUCCCCUCAACUCAGAUACCUAUUACAGGGCAAUCAAGCAAAUUCCGUACUUCGAUAAGUGGAAGAAACGAAACGUGAUCCUUUCGCGCCUCUGCCAUAGUUGCCGAUGUUUACGUCCACUGCGGGCUAAGCAUUGCCGCAUAUGCAAUCGUUGUGUGUCGUACUUUGAUCACCACUGUCCGUUCAUCUACAACUGCGUCGGUUUGCGAAAUCGAAUGUGGUUCUUACUGUUUGUGCUGAGCAUCGCGAUCAAUUGUUCGUUUACUAUCUACUUUGCGUGCUACUGUGUCAUGAUCGAAGGUUUUAGUUUAUUGUACGUGUUGGGUCUACUUGAAGCAUUCGUAUUUUGUGGGCUCGGUUGGAUUCUGACGUGCACAUCGAUUUUGCACGCUUGCAUGAACUUGACGACCAAUGAAAUGUUCAACUAUAAACGCUACCCAUACCUGCGCGACAAACGAGGCCGAUAUCAGAAUCCAUUUUCCCGCGGACCUGUGUUAAAUCUAUUCGAAUUUUUCGUCUGCCUGCCGGAUCGUCAGGAUGAGCAGGACUACAUUUUAGAUGAAAACCUUUGAAAAUUGCCUAACAGCUCCGGCGAACGCCGGAAACGCAUCACCAGCAGUGGAAGCAACAGCAGCAGCUAGCUCGAACCACGCAACUAAAGUGCAAACCGCGAAUCAAUUUCAGUUCGCAACAUCACCCUUUUCCACCAGAUUCGCCAGUAGCAUCGAACGAGCGCAUUUUCAGAUACUGUUGCGUUCCGGAGCCAAAAGAACACUCGGCUUAACGCAAACGCCUUACACGCAGGACACAGGACUGUUAUAUUUUUAAAUUUUACUAGAUUUCUAAGUUACGAUGAAGCGACUUUCACAUUCAGAUAAUUUAUUUUGGGUUCCUGCAUUUGUUAUUGAGCUGACGAGGGAAGCGUGUUUACGAUCAAAAAUACGUGGAUUUUGUUGAAUAUUAUCAAUCGAAAUAGCUCUAAUAUCGAAUAGCUUAACCAAAGAACGAGAAAUAGCAGAAGAAGUUCGUUCUUCAGACGUACGUUAUCAACUGGUAGCACAAAUCGAUGUCGAAUUCUUAUACAAAUAAGUUUGCUCUCGAAUUUAACAUAGCUUUACCGCAGAGAAACGCAGUGUGACGAGUGCUUUAAAACACUGUUCAAU